AUGUCCAAGUAUGCCAGUCUGGUCAACGCCCCAUCACCCGAGUUCCUCACGCUCGCCAAGGAGAUACUCGGUGUUUACCAUAUGCUGGCUCGCGUCUGUACCUGCCUUUUGGAUGCUAUGCGCGGCGGCCAAGCUCUGUCACUAGAUCUGAUCGACGUCAUGGUAAAAAAGUUUCAGAACGCACAGACAUGCCUACAAUCGAUCGAGCAUGUGGUGAGCAAACUACUCGAGGGCCGUCGCAAAGGAACAAUGAGCCGCAUGCGACGUGGUUUCGGGAAGAUGUUCAGGGACACCGGCAUUGAAAAGGUGCUCCCCGAGGCAAUAAGAACGCACGAAGAUCUUAAAUCCGCCGCUCUGAUGUUUCACUGGAACCUAGGCUCGGAACGACUGGAAUCCGCGCUGGGCAUUGGCUUCCUCGACUUGGCCGCUGCUGUGGAAGCGGCCACUGGCCAAGCUUUUCGAAUCACAAGUCCCUCGCCAACAUCUGAAGAGAAUGGCUCGUCUCAUCGCUUUGAAGCAUUUCCUUUGCCCAACACACAUCACAGAUUGAAAGGCCAUGAUGUCGUGGCGCAUCCGCAAAAUCUUCAUUCACCUGCUACAGCUGAGCUAUUGUUUUCGGACCACACAAGAUUAUCCGCCAGCGACUACGCGCAUGGUGAUAACGGCGCCAUGGUGUCAGGCCGUGAUGGGAGCGGCGACAGCCCCAUAUUGAAGUACACGAGCUCCGUGUCAAGCUCCCACAACAGUCGCGACAGACAGAACGAGCGCCUGUUCAGCCCAACUGGCCUGCACACAUUCGCGGAGACUGCGACAACAGCUCUUGACGCCAUCGUGGAGGACAUCCAAGCCCUCGAGCUCGGAAGCGCCAAGGUCUUUCGCCUGAACAGUACUCCCUCGGACAUGCCUCACAUCAAGUCCAGCAGCAGGAUGGACGCUGACAAGCCCAACGCCGGAGCAGAACUUGCGUCAGCCAUCCGCGCCGGUAACCAUCGCAUUGCCCAGCAGCUACUCGAUCGCGGCGUUUCCCCCGACGGCGGUCCCGAAGCGCAUGCUUUGAACGAUGCCAUAUCCAGUCAAGACACUGACGCCGUUCGUUUACUGCUCCUCUACGGAGUGAACCCUAAUACGGCGGAUAAGCAUGGUCAGAGCCCUCUGAUGGUUGCUUGCCGUACUGGCCAGCUCGAAGUAGCCAUUGCUCUGCUCAAGUACGGUGCCGACCCUAACUUGGGCUCGACGGGGGGAACGGGCUCGCCGCUAGAAGCUGCAGUUGUGAUCGCUCACAUUCGGUUAGCCCAUGUUCUCCUCAUGUACGGGGGAGACGCAAAUCAAAUGACAAGUUGCGGCAACACUUUGUUGUGUAAAUCAAUUGGUCAGAGUACGCCCAAAGCGCUGGUAGAUCUUCUACUCAACUACGGCGCACUACCCAAUAAAAAGAACACAAAGGGCAAGACCGCUUUGUUUGAGGCAGUCAGCAACGCCAGGGCCGACAUUGUGGCCAGUCUGAUGGAGCACGGAGCCGACGCCAACCUACCAGGGCCCAAGCACGCGCUGUGGCCAGCGACGUACCAUCCCGAAUGCUUGCGCAUCCUGGUGGCGAGCUCAGCUGACUUCAAGAAGGCCCCUGGAAUCAUGGAGCUUGCUGCUAGCCUGAAUAAUCUGGAGUCGAUCCGUAUUCUUCUCAAGGCAGGCGUAGACCCCAAUGUCAAAAAGGAUGGAGUUUAUACUCCUUUGUGCACGUCUAUCCGCGAUAACCGUGCCGACAUCUUCCAGCUGCUACUCCGCAGCGGUGCCGAUCCCAACGUUCCUGCAAGCGAAUAUCCUGCCUUCAAGUGCGUUACCCAUCAUCGCAACCACUUCCUCCCAGCGCUCCUUGCGGCUGGCGCCAAGCUCGACACGCCCAAGGGUAUCGUUGAGACGGCAGUGGCGUCGAAGAACCCCAAGGCUGUUCGAUGGCUCUUGGAGAAUGGCGCCGACCCCAACGACAAAUGUCCCAACGGCCAAACAGCCCUUACGGCAGCUAUCAGCGAGAACGACAUGGAUUGUGUGGAUGUGCUGCUCUCGCAUGGUGCGAACCCCAACAUACGCGGGCAGGACUGGCCAGCAUGCAUGGCGGUACGGCACCCUGAGAUCCUGAAGCGCAUACUGGCGGUGCUGCAGCAGCCCCGUGCGUUCAAGGGCAUCAUGGAGAUGGCAGUGGCCGCCAAUCAGCUCGAGUCUGUCAAAGCACUGCGCGCGGCUGGAGUGUCCGUGGAAGAUCGCAACGUCGGUGUCUUCUCGCCGCUCACGACGGCGAUUCGCGAGCAUCGAACGGACAUUGUGGCCUACCUCAUUGGCGAAGGCGGCGCAGAUGUGAACGCCCCCGGCGAGCACUUGCCGAUUGUCAAGGCUCUGCGGAGGUGCCAGACGGAGCAUGUCGAAAUCAUUGACAUGCUAUUAGAGAAGGGGGCGGAUCCGAACAAGAUGUAUCGUGGGUGGAAUGGCAUCAUGCAGGCACUGGAGAAUGGAGAUGCGGACAUGUUGAAGAAGCUGACGGAUAAGGCUGGCGUCAAUCUAGAGAACAAGGAUGAGCUUGGGAGGACUGUCGUGGAGAUUGCCGCCUCUAGGAAGUGGGAUGAGGCUGUGGACAUUUUGAUGUCCAGCAAAGCGCAGUCAUAG